AUGACAGUCAAAAUAUUAGUUAUUAAUCCAAAUAGUUCGGAAAAAGUGACUAAGAAUCUUGAAAAAACAAUUACUCAACCGGAAAAUGUUCAAUUGUUUUUCUAUACCGGUCCAUCAGAUUCACCAAAAGAAAUCACCCCUACCACUUCAUUACAAUCAGAAAAGGCUGUACUUGAAGAUUUUAAAGUAAAUAUUGAAGAUAGACUCAAUUAUGAUGGAUAUUUAGUUUGUUGUUAUUCCGAUCAUCCUUUAGUGUAUUCACUUGGUAAACUCACCAAGAAACCAGUUAUGGGUAUUAUGCAAGCAACACUAUUAUUUGCAUUACUGCAACCAACAACAAAAACAACAAAACUGUUUAUUUUAACUAGUACUAGUGAAUGGGAACUGGUGUUGGAUCAAAGUAUUAUUGAUUUUGUUGGGGCAGAUAAUUUUCCUGUUAAAAAAUUUGAGAAAACUAGAGGUUUAAAUGUGAAUGUUACAAAUCUUGCUGAUGAAGAACAAUUUAGUAAAAUUUAUAAUGUGACAAAAUCUAUUUUCAAUGAAUAUAAAGAUGUGGGAUGUGUGUUGUUAGGAUGUGCUGGUAUGGCGGGGUUAGACACAAAAUUAGGAGAAAAAUUCCCUAAUGUUCGAUUUAUUGAUAGUGUAAAGAUAGGUAUUGAACAAUUGGUCACAUUAAUUAGAUUUGAUAGACAAGUGUAA